CUUUGCCUUUUUGGGUCCCAAAACUACGGGGAGGUCCUUCCAGAAUUUCCGCUUUUAUCGAUCGGAUAUGCCCUCUGAAUGCCUGACCGCCAUUGGCAUCCUUGUUCGCCCCAUGCGCCGACUGAGCUCAUGUGUCUAAUAUUAGCGCGUCUCACCUCAUUGUCAUUGUCGCGACAGUUCAUACAUAUAAGGAUGCGUCUCUCCUCAAAGGUAGGGGAGGGCAAGACGACGAGAGACUCCAUAAAGAGAAGGAGAACGGGCACCUGUCGCCACAAUUGAUAAAACUCCGUUGGAUCUUGUCUUCCUAACAACAUCGCUUAUCUACUGGUAAGCACCGCUCAGAAUGUCGACGAACGAGGUCUCCAAAACUGAGGUCGCCGGCGACGCCAUCGUCGAAGACAUCCACACGCACUUUCCGGUCGUUGCCGAGGGUUCAGGGAAGACCGCUAAUAAUGAAGGUGCCAAGGAGAGAGAGGUGUACAAUGCCGAGCUAUACGCAGCUAUCCAGGAGUCCCGCAUUCCGCCAUGGAGCAAGGCAGCUAGGAAGUUGUACUUGUGCGUUUUCAUUGCUUUCUGCUGUGCUUGCGCCAACGGUUAUGAUGGCUCCUUAAUGGGUUCCAUUAUCGUCAUGCCUCACUUUCAAUCAAGGAUGCACAACGGGAAUGAUGGUUGGCAAGUCUCCGUCAUGACCUCUCUUUAUUCUGUUGGUUCUAUUGUUGCCACCCCAUUCGCAGCCGCUGUUAGUGACAAAUGGGGUCGUCGUGUUGGCAUGGUCUGGGGUUGCUUUGGUAUCAUCAUCGGCAGUAUCAUCACCGCGAGUUCUUUCAGCAUGGCCCAAAUCACAGUCGGCCGUUUUAUACUCGGUGCCGGCAUCCAGUUCAUGACUGUCGCAGCCCCCGCAUACUCGAUGGAAGUCGCUCCUCCUCAAUGGCGUGGUCGUUUCACGGGAUUCUACAACUGUGGUUGGUUCGGCGGCUCGAUCCCCGCAGCCCUGGUAACUUUCGGGUGCCAGUACAUCGACAGCGAAUGGUCAUGGAGGGUACCGUUUCUUUGCCAGUGUUUCGCAUGUUUCAUAGUCCUCGGUGCGGUACACUUCAUCCCCGAGUCUCCUCGAUACCUAUUUGCCAACGGCCGGGAGGCAGAGGCCAUCGAUUUCCUGACCGAGUACCACGGGGGGGGGAACCGCAACGCGCGCCUGGUCCUGCUGGAAAUUGAGGAGAUCCAGGAAAGCAUCCGUCAGGAGCUCAAUGAUAAAAAGAUUCCCUGGUGGGACUUCAGCUGUCUCUUCAAGACGAAAGAAGCUCGCUGGCGUUCGUCCCAGGUCCUGAUGAUGGGCGUCUUCGGCCAGUUCUCCGGCAACGGUCUUGGUUACUUCAACGCUACAAUCUUCGGUGAGCUGGGAGUUAAAAGCGUGGCUCAACAGCUCGGCUACAACGUUCUUAACUCCGUCAUCUCUGCCAUUGGUGCUGGGACGGCAGUAUCACAGACUGACCGCAUGCCACGCCGUAAGGUGCUUGUUUAUGGCACUUUCGCCUGUGCCGUCAUGCUGGCCAUUAACGGCGGCUGUAAUGUCGCCUUUGGGAGGGAUCAAACCAACAUAAAUGCCGGUCAAUCUGCGCUCGCUUUCUACUUUCUCUUCAAUGUCGUCAACUCCUUCACCUAUACUCCAUUACAGGGUGUCGUCCCAGUUGAGGCCCUCGAUAACACCAGGCGUGCUAAAGGUUUGGCCUUUUACGGUUUCUUGACUGGUUGCCUCGGCUUCAUCAACACUUUCUGCACGCCUAUUGCAAACAAAACUAUAGGGCUGAACUAUAUCUGGGUCUUUGUGGGCUGGGAUUGCAUCGAGACCGUCUGUUGGUACUUUUUCGGUAUCGAGGCCCAAGGCCGCACUCUCGAGGAGCUCGAGUGGGUCUACAAACAGCCGAACCCAGUCAAGGCAUCUCAACAUGUCGACAGAAUCGUACAGCAGGCCGACGGCACCGUCACCGAGAAGAUCGUCAGCGAAAACGACUCUUAGACUAGCUGACUCCUGUUUUUGCUUCAGUAUAAAGAGCCAGUCUCGCAUUCUAACCUAAUAGUCACCCAUUUUACUUGAGUAGCAAAUACAAUAGCUAGUUUUUAGGACUACAGCCCUGUCUACUUUCAUUUCAAUUCAUUGGAAACGAAAGGCUUAAACCUUAGUUUCACGUAAUAUUUACCACUUAGCU